AUGAGGCGGCUCACGAAGAUACUGAUUGCUGUUGGGAUUGCGGUGGUGUUGGUGGCAGUUUUGGUUCUUACUCUGGUAAUUGUUUUGAGGAAAGAAGAAUGGAUUGUCCUUGAAAGAAGCUUCUCUUCCCUCAACGACCAUUGCACACAAGAUUGGAGCGGCAACAGCGACUGGCGCCGACGCCGAUGCAAAAUGCCCCUUAUUUGUGCCCCAGCUAACGACCAGAAGACAGGUUAUUGCCGGUUGCCAUGGAGCGAGGGGGAGGGCAAGAGCUGUGCUGCAUCUGUGCAUUUGUGCUCUACGGGCCUCACCUGCGACCCCUACCUGAAAAUCUGUCGGCGGCUUAUUAGUGUGGGCGGCAGCUGUACUGAGCAGAACGCGUUCAUGUGCGAGUCGGGUAUAUGCGGCUACGCCGCUACACAAACGGCCCAGGGGGAGCCCCUGGGGGGCCGCCAUUCUCUGUCUAGGUACUGCAUCGUUAAGGACCUUCCCCCUGGGGCUGCAUGCGACCGCUUCCGCCACUGCGUUACCGACUGCCUGCAGUGCGUCCAGGGCAUUUGCAAGCCCGUGCCUUCCCCCCUAGACCAUCAGCAGAUGCUUUUGGAGCAGCAGAAGGAACUAAUGCUGCCUCUAGCCGUCAAUGGGUUUAGCGCAGAGAACCAGCAAACCGAAGUAGCUGCGCCAGACACGCAGCAGCAAGUCACAAGGAACCUGCAGCGCGCCAGGGGCACGAUGGCAGCAGCUGUCGGGAACGAGGCAGCGCAGGACCGCGACCCCAUGUUGAAGCGGCAGCAGCAUGCGGCUUCAGCAGCAGCAUCUUUAAAUGCAAACAAAGUGUUAGAUGAGCAAACCGUCCGUCAGGCUUGGGAGCAAAGAGCAGCAGAAGCCUCAGCUCUUCUGGGUGAGACCGUCACAGCUGAGGACUUGGCGUCUUUCUUCUCUGUUCCCCGCAACGAGAGCGGGGAGCCCCUAGCGCCACAAGAAGCUCUAGAAAAGAAACAGAACGAAACACAUGUUGAAAACGAGGAAGGGAUCACGGGCCAGCAAGCACUGUGGGGCCCCAGAUCCCAGUAUCAAGCACUGCAGCACCCAGGAGCGGGAAGAGGGACAAUUAUUGACAGACCGCAGCCACGCCCGCUACUCAACGGCUCCCUGGCCAAACGGCUCGCGCGGCUGUUCACCGGCGUGUCGUAUGCAUUCACUCCUGAAGAUCAGCAGCAGCAUAUGAGCUUAAUGCAUACACUGGGGGGGCCCGCCUUUGGCUUCCCUUCUGCGUUGCCGCCGCAGCUGUCACACAGCUUGGCUCCUACCCCUAUUACUACGGGAGGAAUAAAAGCUCCCCUAUCGCAGCAUGACGUGUUCGGGACAUCUUCGUUUGGGAGUCCGGCGGCGGGCACCCCGUCUUUGUCUCUGCAGCAGCAGGAGCAGCUAUCGGCGCAGCUGCAACAACUGCAGCAAUUGCAGCAACCACAGCCGUUCACGUCCUUCGACUCAUCCCUAGAAGCAAUGGAAGCUGCUGGGAUGAAAGGCAAAGCAGCACAGCGAGAGCGCGGCAGCUCUGAGGAGGAGGGAGAGGCUCUUGAAGGCUUGGUGUACCCGGGCAUGCCAAACCCUCUUCUCAAUCCUCUGCAGCUUCUAGGGUUUCAACCAAGGCAGCCCACUGGCCCACUGCCCCCACCUCUGGGAGCCUCACCCGCACUUAACAUGCAGAGGCAGCCCAUGCCGCCCCGCCUGCCUGGAGUUGUACCUCCCCCGCUGGGCCAUGUUCCUCCGGGUCCUCUUCCGCCCCUCAGCAGCGUGCCUUUGGGCGCUUCAGCGUUGGGCGGUACACUCCCGCCACUGCCGCUUCAUCCCAAAGUGCAAACGCAGCUGCUGCCUUCAGUGCCUUACGCUCCAAACGUGGGGCCCCUCAACGGCCUACCUAGCCGACUGCCCACGGAUUUCAAAGGCGGCUGUUGGCUGGACCGCUGCUGUGCCUCGGUGAGGACUGGCGAGAGCAGCGGUGCAGAAAUCAGAUGGAUGGCACACCACUACUGCUCCUUCCUUCACGCAUCUCAGGGCUGCCAGGCUCGGAAACGCGAGGGUGCGACGUGCGUGGGCGAUAGUGCGCGAGAGUGCGAGGAUCGUUUGUCUUGCGUUAACGGAGAAUGCAGUCCCUGGUUUACCUCUCGACAUGCCUCAGCUGGGGACCCUAUUGUGUUGACGGACAACGUGGAUCUAGACAGCGUCUGUGCUCCCUGGCAACGCUUCGAGUACAGCACAAGCGGCCACUCCUCCCAUCUCCCAGGGGGAAUGCCGCCACAGCUGGCGCUGCCUUCUCCCCUGGAAACUCCCAAUCCCUACGGCAACAAUCUGGGGAGAGACAUAGUGCGCACAUUCCGCAAGUUCUCCGGGCGUUGCGUGCCUCUCGAUAAGCGCAGCUGCGUGACAGACAGGGAGUGUUGGGGAGUCGGAGGGUUUGGCUUCUGCGACGUUCGCAGCAAACGGUGCCGCACGCCAUCCUAUCCUGCAUGUCUGUCAAUUCUUAAGGACUUAUACUCUUGCCUGUGGCACGAAGGAAGGUUGAGGGAAACUACAGACGAAUAUAUUGUCACUCACGUGCCCAGAACCCCUCAGUUCAUUCUACAUGAGGCACCAGCCAGUGUUAAUCACGUGCAAAGCAAGUGCAUUCCUUCCGUUGUAAGGGCAAAGAGGGCGGAAUUUGUCAAAUGUGUUCAUGAACAAGGUUUUACGCUGGAGAGGAUCGUCUAUGUGCCGGAUGAAUGGUUCCAGGGAUAA